AUGACGAGUCGAAGCCAGGAUUGGAGAGCAGAAUUGACUCCUGAAGUUAGAAAGAAAGUUGUCAAGAAAAUUGUGGAAAACUUGAGCAACCAUGACCAGGUCCAGCAGCCUUCUUAUGAUGCUGAGUUUCUAGAGCGACUGACUAACAUUGCUGCGCAAUUUGAGGACAAGAUUUUUAGAAAUUCAGCAUCAAAGGAGAGCUAUAUGUAUUCAAUAGGUAAGAAGAUGGGUUCAUUUGCUUCCAUUAAGUCUGAAGCUUCCAAGACAACAGGUCUAGGUCAGACCUUGAUUGCAAAUGAUGCUGAUCAAAGCUCGGAGAAAAAUGCUAUGGCACAAUUUUCCCAACAUUUGGUCGGUAAUAAUUUGGUUGAACAAAAUAUGCAACCAAAUAUUUCCCCUAGUUUUCAGAAGGAAAUGCCAGUGAGCCAGUCUUCAGAUCAGAAGCUAAUGUCUCAAUUUCAAAAGCAGGAGGUUCAGAAUACUAGUAAGAGUUUUGUCAACCAACCUGACAUUCUUAACCGCCAACCUCAUCGGCGGCAGCACCAUGUUACGUCACAAACUACUCAGAAUCCAUUUUCUCAGCUACCAUCAGUAACAACGCAAUAUCGUCAAUCACCAAUUGCACAGCCAUCAAAUAGCUCAAUGUUUCAACAGAAUCAGCAACUCAGGCAGCAACAUGAUGCUUCAGAGCAGCCGAAGUGGUCAGUGCCCCAACAAAACAUUUUAUCGUCAAUCCAGCAGCCCCUGGGCCAACAAAGAGAUGUCUCUGGAAUGCAGCUUCAGCAAAAAAUGGCUGGAUCACAACCGUUUAUCUUCAAUGCCCAAUCGCAUCAGAGUUCAAGCAGCGUGAUUCAACAACCAGGGGUUACAGCUUCUGAACAAAAAGUUCAGAAAAUCACACAGCCUGCUCAGUUGCAUCAGAUUCUGGGUUCUCAAAAACAAAGUGGCUUGUUGCAAGAAGGGAUCCAACCGAGACCUCAAACAUCAGCUUCCUUCCAUCAGCAGAGGAGUAUAGCUGAUCAGCAGAAGCUUUUUCAGUCGCAGAGAUCAUUUGCUGGACCCUCAUCAGCAUCAGUAGAGCCCAAAUCAUCGAGUCAACUUGCCAACACAUCUGAUGGGCAUGAUGAGGUCUAUAAAAAGAGAUUCUUGCCAUUGACUAGGAUAUCUUCAUUUCCUUUUCAGCUUCAAGAAUUUAAGCAACAAUAUGGUCCUCAAAUUGAGAGCCUACACAAAAGUUUGAAGUCCUUACUUGACAAGGCAACAGAUGCACAGCAAUUUGAAAAGUACCAGAAGAAUGUGAUUUGGCUAGAAAGACUUAUGCCGAUUCUUUCAUUACAGCGGAAUCAGAUGGUAAAUAAUUGCAAGGAGAAGUUGGAGAGUGCUCAGGAUGCUCUUAUGAAGUUUGUGAACUUAUUUCGGAAGAAGAGCACUCCCUCAGUUGAGCAACAAACAGAACUUAGUCUGCCGCCUAGCGGUCAAUCCCAAAUAUCUCAGCCUCCUCAAAGCUGGAAUGGGAAAGUCCAAUUCCCUCCAGUGAAUUUAACUAUGACAAAUGGUUUGGGCAGUUCGUCUUCCACAAUAUCUUCAAUGCAGUCAAGGGUUCCAACUUCACGACCCAGUUUCUUCAGCUCACUUCAGUAUAGUUCUGGAAUGGGUUUGGAACAAAGGAAUGGGCCGAGUAUGUUACAGCAGUCUGCAAGGAAAACAGGCCAAAAUUUUGCUGGUGCACUACAGAAUGCUAAUUUAUCUGGCUAUAACAUCAUGAAUGCUUUUGAUUCUCCCUUGACUCAUCACUCAAGGCUGUCACAGAACCUCGAGCAGCAAAUGCAGAAACAAACUAUUCAGAACAAAAAGGACCAGAUGCUGAUGCGUAACAGCCAAACAUAUGUCACUCCAGCUACUGAAUCUCCAGAAAAUCUGCAUCAAACACUGCCAACAACUAUACAUCAGUCACACUCCAGUUCAUCUCGAAAGUCUCAGCUCUCGUCUGCUCAUAUUGAUCAGCAAACUUUGCCUUUAGCUUCUCCAGCUUCUGCUCCCUUGACUCCAACUUCAACAUAUGUCUCAUUAAACCAAGUUGAUAACCAGACACAAAGUCAAAAUCAAUCCACUGCAAGCGGAACACCUGGGAUAUCAGCCUCCCCUAUAGUCGAAGAGUUUACUAGCCCCCUCAACACAUCUCGUACAAACCCAUUCCAGCGCUUCCUUCUAGCUGUACAAUCACUAUCACCAGAGGUAUUAAAUGCUGCCGUCCAUGAUAUCGACUCAGUUGUCAAUGUGGUCGAUAAAAUUGCUGGUGGGGUAGCUGAAGGACACUCUAAGGCAGCUAUUGGUGAGGAUUUGGUGUCGGAGGCAGGAUUCCAUGUCCAAGAAUGGAAUUUAGGCUCACAAAAGUUAGGCAUUUAUGAGAAAGAGAUGGAGAAGCAGUUUAGUUCGAUGACCUGGGACACAGUCGGGCAGCCAAUGAAUUGGACAUCUGAUUCUGAUUCAACUACAACAUCUAGGUUCAACAAGCCGAGGGUCAAGCCCAGCAAAGAUCUGUUGGACGAAAUCAGGCGUGCAAACAAGCGGUUGAUUGAAACUUUAGUAGAAAUUGAUUCAACUAAAGAUGAUUCUUUAUCAGCUGAAGAUAGGGAAGGAACCAUUAUCAAAUGUACCUAUACUCCUGUGUCGCUCAGUGGAGAUUUUAAAUCAAUGUCUUCAUCUCCGUUCCCUGUGCUUACCUUGCGCGUGCUUGUUACUCCUGAAUAUCCAAAUACUUCUCCAGUCAUCUUAGAUAAGUUACCUGUUGGUUUGAGCAAAGAGCCAGAAGAUUUGUCGGAGAAGACAAAAUUGAAAUUCAGCGCAGCCCUUCGGAAACUUUCAGAACCCAUUUCUCUUUUGCAGCUAGCAAAGACUUGGAAUGCUUGUUGUCGAGCUAUGCUUUUAGAGUUUGUGAAACCAUUUGGAGGAACUUUCAGUUCAGUAUAUGGCCAAUGGGAGGAUUGCCUACCUGCAUAA